UCAGGUGCUUCAAAAAUGUGCUACUUUCCCUUUCAGAGAGACAUCAGUAUCAGAUUGCCCAUCAUUUGCAUGCAUGUAGCUUUACCAGACCUCUAUUGGAAGUGACAAAUGUUUCCACUGUACGCAUCGAUGUUCUUAACAAGGAUAUUUCAAAUGCUCUGAGACAGAUGUCUUCAGAUAUGGACACAGUGGGCAUGGCCAAAAGCGUGACAUAUGAUGGACUAAACUACAAGUGUGGAAUGAUCUUGAUCCAAGGCUCACUGGGAGGACUGCCAGAGUUUGGUGAAAUCAUCCAAAUGGUGAUACUGCAGGACAAGUUGAUCUUCAUUGUGAAGAAGCUCAUUGGAUGGUAUAUUGAACACUAUAGAGCUUUUGAUCUCAAACCAUCCCCAGUCGAGAAAGUGGAUCUUAUUGAGCCACAAGAACUACAUGAUACAUACCCACUGGCGGACUACAAAAUUGGAGGGAUGUGUCUUGUCACAUUGAAAAGAUAUAUCCAUGUUUAAAGGAUGAUCCCUCUCCAUGUAAUGUUGUUUUAUUUUGUUCUCAAUACAUUUUAUUUUUCAUACCGAAAGCCAAAUGUGGUCCACUUACAGAAGACUGCCAUGGCUCAUUCCACAACUGCCAGACUUAAAGUGAUUUUGGGGGACAACAACAUUGAAAAACUGACACUUCCCAAUGGAAUACCAGAGUCACUAGGUGACCUUAUCGGCAUGAUAAGGAGUACGUUCGGAUUAAAGUGCAGCUUGAAACUGCAGUACAUGGACCAAGAUUUUGGCAAUGACUUUUUCAAUCUGAACUCUACUGCUGAACUCCAGGAUUUGGGGACAAUCAAGGUCAUCCAGCAAACAACGUUGAUCAGUGCCACUGCAUCCUCUGCUUCUGUUUCAUCCGAGUCGGAUGACUGUGUUUCACUGGCAUCAAACGACACUAUACUGCUUUCAUCCCCCGAGUCUCUGUCAUCUCGAACCAAGCAGUGGCCAGAGGAAUUUCCAAUUCCUCAAUUUUCCUACGACACGGAGUUGCAGUUAGUGAAAGGUAAUUCUGAGUGCCAGGUUGGAAACAAGUUGUUGACCUUGAGCUCCCGAAUAAAAUCUGAUAUCUUGAAUAGAGUAGUUGAAGAAAUGUACCGAUAUAAGGCCUACCCGGAGGAUGCACAUUUCUGCACAGUUGCAGAGGCCUUAAUCAAAAAGCACCCUUGUUUAAAAGAGCCUGGCUCAUUCAAUGGCUGCUACGGCUGGAAACAGCGACUGAAGUACAAAAUGGGAAACUACCGGACUCAACUCAAAGUGCUGGGGUGUGCAGAGCUGUCAGUAAAUUCCCUGAGAUCGAAAUCAACGAUGGAUGCUUUCCCUGCUAAAAAGGUGAAGAGGCCAAAACGAGCUGAAGCCAACUUCUAUCCAUCCUUCCCUACUGGAGAAACUCAGGACAGCAUAGAAAAAGAGAAAAUAGAACUUCUGACAGAUGUCAAGAUGAGGAACAAUGAACAAUGGGUAAUCACGGACAAAAUGGCUUGCACGUUUGCCUACAGACGACCAGAGGUGGUCAACCAAGAACCCAGCAUUCAAGACUUUAAAGACCGGUGGCCUGCCUUGUUCCAUCAGAAAGAGAUCAAUGCAGAGUUCCUGAGGCUCAUGGCUGUUCCUCUUGAGGAUAUGUUCUUCGCCCAGUUGGACAUCCACUCAAGUCAGCUAAUCAGAGUCAUCCGUGCCAAAGGUGGAUCAACACGCCAAAAGAAUGCUGACAUCAUGGACAUUUUGGACCAGACUGAGGACAUUCAUCUUCGAAGGGAGUGUGUCCUGAAAGUCCUCAUCAUCUUCCUCGGCGAGGAUGCAGAUGACCUGAUCAAGGAAUAUCUUGACUCUGGACCAGAGGACAUUCAAAGGGAUCUGGAGCAUCUCACUGUGGCAGUGUUUGUCAUUCGAAAGGACGGGGAAGGACCGCAGGAGCCACCUGAAGACACAGGCAUUGUCAUCAAGGGCAUGAAGGUGUUGCAUGGACUGACUUCAGUUGCCUCAGCUUGUGCCCUGCUUCUAGGUUUGCUAUAUGCACUUAACCUUGCUUAUCCCAAACCCCUUCAUUUUACUUUCGAAGUGCUCCAGAAAAUCAUCAUACACCUUGAGCAACACAAGAUGUCCCCCAAAGUCCAAAAUCUGUAUGGCAGACUUCAAAGCUCGCAGUAAUGACACGCAUCACAAUUGAUUCCUUUUCUGGACCCAAAAAUGGCCUAGGGAAGAACAAUGUUAAAGGAUAAAUCCGGUGUAAAGUGGAUCUGGGAUAUGUUUAAUAUGAUAACGAGAUGGUAUGUUCGUUUGGGAGAAAAAACACAUGUAGACACAUUCUUAAGUUGGCUGUUUUCAGCCGAUUCUACCAUCGGUAGAAUCCACGCUAUAAACUUGGAAUCAUGGGGGCAUCGUCUCAUGGUAAAAACAAAAUCACUAUUUUAAACCACUUAAAAGGCUAGAGGUAGCCCGACACUUCUUUGGUAGUAUAAUAAGGGUCUUAAAAUAUAAAACAAGGCACUGAUAACUUUGUAAGUGUACAGAUUGUUUAUUAAAAAUGACAUUUUAUACACACAAUACCAUCAGUAGUUCAUCCUUCGACGCCAUUUUGUAUUUAAGACUCGAUAAGUAUCUUGGCAAACAUGGAGCAUGCGUAUUGUUCACGGAUGUCACAAGCUCUGUGUUCGUCAAUCGACCUAUCGAGUCUUAAAUACAAAAUGGCGUCGACGGGUGAACUACUGAUGGUAUUGGCCGUUUCUCAAUUCCUAGCACGCGUACUAUGGACUCGAUGACUUGCAAGUACUAGGGAUGUGUCGGUCGCGACCGAUUCGUUACAACGAACGAAUCCCGAACGUGAACGACAAGAACUGGUUCCCCAAAACAAGAAGAACUGGUUCUUUGAUUCUUUUUUUUAAACAUCAACCAAAAAUAUUGUCACGUAAAUAAAAUAUACAAACGAACAGAGCUUCGUCUCUCCGCGACUUAUAUUGAUUGAGUCUACAACGUUCUCAAAGAUUCAGCCAAUGAGAGGUAGCAAUGGUGAUUCAAUGGCACCUGGGUAAAACAAAGACAAGGCGGUACCGUCGAAUAUGCGCGCUUUCUGUCUGACGUAUCUUGGGUCAUACCAUUCGACGUGGGGCCACUCAUAUAUCCCCCUACAUUUUUUCGAAAAUAGACUUGACCUCCAUCAGUUUAUUGGAUAAACGCAUUUCCCAAUCCCAGGAGUCUUUGCUCCAUUCUACGUCAAUUUAAGAACAAACAAAGAAAUGAAACUGCAGUUUGUAUUUUUUAUUUAUGGCCAUGAAAGUUCUGUAAUGCCUGAACAAUGAAGAAUGAAAUGUAAAGUAAAAUAAAAUUAUAAAUGUGAAACCAUGAAUGAAAUAUAGAGAGUAAGCAAGUGGUAUAAAUAUUGGUGGGACGUUUGGUCAUAUUAUAUAGGAGGCAUCUCCAAACGGCGGACCGCGGUCUUGACGGUCCUAUCCGGACCCAUGACCAAUUUAAAAUAAUAAUAAAAAAAAAAAUAUAUAUAUUUAUUUAUUUUUAAGACGUAAUCUGACGUAACGAACGAAUCAAAACGACCGAAUCAAAUAAAUUAUUAUAGUAUUAUAGUGAACUGAACUGAAAGAACUAGUUCCCGGAAAAUAAUCAUUUUGCCCAUCCCUAGCAAGUACGGACUUGGCAAGUCCGUACUUCAAGCACAGACUUGCGAGCACGCGAGUACGUACCUGCAAUUGGAACAGCAGCGGACUCGAUGACGUCACCACCUCUGCUCGUCCGUUAACUGUGCUACGGCCUCAUUUAGGCAUAUACUACUGAACAAUAUAAACAAAUGAUAGUACAAAAUCCCAGCCUCUUUCAUUUUCAAAUAGUAUGUAAAUAUUCUGAAUGAAUAAAAAUUGAAAAGAUAUGCGUGUCAUGUGUAUAAGCUAUACACACACGACUUUAUAUAUAUAUUAGAGCUGUCAGUUAAACGCGUUAUUAACGGCGUUAACGCAAACCAAUUUUAACGGCGUUAAAAAAAUUAACGCGCGAUUAACGCAAUUAUUUUAUUUAAAAAAAAAAUAAAAAAAAAAAUCUUUGGCUCAAAACAAAGAAGCAGUAGACUGACUGUUAUGUUCAAAUGACAUUUGUUCAAAGCAGUCGUUUAAUUGCACUAUAGGCUCUUUUUUUGUAUCGUCCUGUUUUGAUCAGUAUAUGCCAAUGUUGUUAUCAAUAAAAAAUCAUUUGCACAAGGCAAGCCGAUGCACUUCACCAUGUUGAUAAGAUAAUUAAAAUGAGGAGAAUUAUGGGACAAAAAAAUAAAGGGAUAUUUAGCGUAGAAAAAUAAUUUGCGAUUAAUCGUGAGUUAACUCAUUGGCUGCCAGCCAUUUUCAGUGCAGAGAGCCCCAUACUGCCAAGCGUUUUACAGCAUUUUCACUGAUUUCCAAAGACCCACGGAACAGUGAGUUCUAUGACUAUGUAAAACACUGAAACCACCAAAAGACAGAGUAGACUCUCUUCUUUUAUCAGGAACAAACCGUUUGUUUCUACCUUUUUCCGUUCUUUAGUAAUCGGCAGUAAAACAUACGUUGGUUUCACCAAAAACACCUGUUUUUGACCAAAAAUGGAGAAAACAAGCUUUUUGUGAAAAUAAACUUUUUUUGCUUUAGUGACCCCUUCAACACCUGAAAAGUGGUUUCCCUCCAUAAAACAGCAAAAACAACACUGAGACAGGUAUUUUGACAGGACAAUAAUAAUUUAUUUGCAAAUAUAUAACCAAUAUAUAAUAUAAAAAAAAUAAAAUUCUUCAAAAUGUCAGUUGUACAAUUCUUUCCAGGUAUGUAUUUCUAUAUGUUGUCGCAGCUAUAUCGAAUCCUGUGUGU